AUGAUCGUCUCCGGGAGUGUGUUGCUGGAGACCGUGUUCAAACGCUGGGACUCCCAGGGGACCUUGCAGUGUGACGGUCGCCACAAUGUCUCCCUUCCUGUGUACACAGUGCAAACAAAUGAUGCAGGGUUCCUUGGUCUCCUCAAUGACGUCCCAGCGGAGAUUCGGAAGUUGUUUCCAGAGAAAAGCAUGGGAAUGCACAUCUCUACAGGUGACUCUGGUGUCAGAGAGGAAGGAGGGGCUGGGUCUGAUUGGUCCAGCAGAGCAACCACCUGGGGAGGAACCAUGAACUCCAGCUCUGUGGGGAUUCUGAACCCUACUGCAUGUCUACACCUACGGGACACACUGCUCUUCACUGUCACCAGACAACAUUACCCUCAGUAUGAUGUAGAGAACCUGUACAAUACCAACCGUGACUUUGACUGGGGUCCUCUGAGACGGCUGGCUGAGGACCUGACACUGGCCAGGACACCACCGACACUCUUCUCAUUGGUCUUCACUCAGCCUGGGGUGUACGCCUUCAAACUCAGCGAUCAUCAAUACAAACACAUGUAUGUGAGGGUAAUGCCAGCAGGUGGACAGUGCUAUGAGGCUGGACCGUUCUUCCCCACUGUCCCCCAUCAUGUGACAAGAAUGGGCAUCGCCAAGAGACGACACCUGCUUCUACGCCCUGACUGGUUGGUGACAGGAGGACUGCUGCUUGGCGCUAUGGUCAUCCUCAGCCUGUGUGUGACACUGCUGAUCUUGUUUCGGGAGUAUGGUUGGCCAGAGAAAGUGGCCACCAGAGCCCAGUACCGUACACUCCAGCUCCAGUACCCCAUGGAAGACUACGCCUCAAAGGGUUCCAGGGUGACGACAUUAAAGAAGUACCACAGAAACCUCCAGGCCAGGAUGACGGAGGCCUCUAUACAGCCCGCCCUGCACUUGGAGGCAGAUGAGUUCUGGGACUAUGAGCAUCAGGUGGACCUGGAGGCUUUCAGCACUAACACCUUCUACAGCAUCCUACUAAAACACAGUGUGUCUGUCACCGCUAGACUGAGCCAGCUCAGAGGAGAGGUAUAA